UCAGCGGAGCUGCACGCGCUGUCCGGAGCAGCCGCGCGGACUCUUUAGUUUCAUUUGUUAAACUUGACAAACUAAAGUUUUAAACUUGAAAAACUUCCGGUCUGAAACUUUUCACAUCCAAACUUUAUUUCUCUUUGACUUCGGACUGUUUUUUACCCACUGAUAUGACGUCAUUACCGUCAGUGUGAACCUGGAUCAGAACCAUCACAAGAACCAGGACCGGGACAGGCACCAGGAGCAGGAGCAGGAGCAGGACCAGUGGUAGGAGGAUGUCUCGGGCGGAGGAGCGCGAAGAGGCGGACUGUGUGUGCUCGGUCGGGAUGAAGUUCACGUGGGACAUCAACGACCCCAAACUGCCACAGGACACAAAGCAGUUCGACCCGUUCCAGGAGUGGACGGACGGUUACGUGCGGUUCAUCUACAGCGCUGAAGAUAAGAAUGCUCAGCGACAUCUCUCCGGCUGGGCAAUGAGAAACACCAAUAACCACAACUGUCAGAUCCUGAAGAAGUCGUGUCUCGGCGUGGUGGUCUGUUCUCGAGGCUGCACGCUGCCCGACGGCUCCAGACUGCAGCUCCGCCCUGCAAUCUGUGACAAGGCCCGGCAGAAACAGCAGAAGAAGCUGUGUCCGAGCUGUAACGCCUCACUGGAGCUGCUGCCGUGUCGCGGUCACAGCGGUUACCCCGUCACCAACUUCUGGCGAGUCGAUGGGAAGGCCAUUUUCUUCCAGGCUAAAGGAGUCCAUGAUCAUCCCAGACCAGAGUCCAAGUCUGAAACUGAAGCCAGAAGAAGUUCAGUGAAGAGACGAGUCAGCUCGCCGCCAUUCACACCAAAAAGACGACUUAUCGAAACACAGGCUCUGGGCCCUGCUCUCCUCUCCUGUGUUGACCCAUCAGACAGAAUCUCCUUCAUCGAGCCGAACUACCCCCAGCAUUACCCUGCAUUUCAGAGUCCAGAGCCCUACUACAACCCCCAUAAUGCACUGGGAGAUGCUCCGUCCGCACUUCAGAAACCAGCAAAUCCCAGACUUUACAUGGGCCGACCCGGCUAUGAGUUCCAGGGAUACCUGACCUCGCCUUCGUAUCCUGUGACCUCUGACCUCUGUGACCCCAGGGUGGCCCCUGUCCUGGGUUCCUCCUCCUCCUCUUCGUCAUCAGCUCCUCUCUCCUCCUCCUCCUUCGACCCUCAGACGAAGCCUCCUGCAGGCUGGAAGGACCUGUUGAAGAGCUCCACCCCCUACAGUGACAACCACCACUACUACAGCACAGAGUACCCCUGCCGUUACCCCAGCAAUGCCCCUGGGUCGCCCGCAGCACUGCAGACCAUCAUCACCACGACGACCAAGGUCUCCUAUCAGCCCUGUCCAAAGCCUUCUGCAUCGCUCCCGUCCUAUCAGCCCUGUCCUAAACCUGCUGCUGGCCUCCCGUCCUACCAGCCCUGCCCCCCCCCGAAGCCUCCAGGCCUCCCUGGCUGCUCUUCGCUGAUGGACGAUGCCUCCUCCUCCUCGUACUCCACUGAGGUGAAGCUGAUGGAGGAGUCAGGUGGAGUCAUUAAGUCUCUGUCCUUCCAGCCCGAACCUCUGCAGACCAAAACAGAGCGAGCUGAUGGCUACGAUUACCGCUAUGCGUACCCCAACACGUACCGCUAUGAUGACUACUGAGGCAGCACCACCCACACCACCAUAACCAU